AUCGAUACCUGCAUUGACGAACUUUAGACGAUAGAAACGACGUUUUUUUCAAAUUAAGCAUUGCGGGUCUUUGAUAUUCGGACUCGACACAAACAUAUCUCCACCGCGACUCGACCAUGGCCGACUCCGACGGCGAAUAUCACGCCGACGACGCUAGCGACGACUUCGAGGACCAUCAAGUGACGGCCAGCUCGAAACAUGAUACGCGAUCGCGCGCUAGACCCGACAAGAACAAGAAGGGAAACCGAAAAGGCGCUAAGGCCGCCUGGGAAGACAUCCAACGUUCGUGGGACGCGGUCGUCGAGGACGCAGAUGGGACGCUCACGGGGGCCAUCGAGGGCCGGGCCGAGGCGGAGAAGCGGGCGCGGCUGCUUAGGGACACCACGCCCCUCCAACGCGGCAUAAUACGCCACCUGGUGCUGGUCGUCGACAUGUCCUUCGCCAUGCUGGAGAAGGACAUGCUGCCGAGCCGGUACGAGCUGACGAUAGCGUACGCAUCGCAAUUUGUGCGGGAGUACUUCGAGCAGAACCCGAUCUCCCAGCUCGCCGUCAUAGGGAUGCGGGACGGCGUGGCGAUCCGGAUCAGCGACAUGAGCGGCAACCCGGCCGACCACCUCGAGAAGCUGCAGGGCUGGGUCAAGCAGGAUCCCCAGGGAAAUCCCAGUCUGCAGAAUGCGCUGGAGAUGUGUCGGGGUGCUCUAUUCCACACCCCCUCCCACGGCACCCGCGAAGUGGUGAUCAUCUACGGCGCGCUCAUGUCCAGCGACCCGGGCGACAUCCACCAGACCAUCACCGCGCUCGUGAACGACCGGAUCCGGGUGUCUAUAGUCGGCCUGGCGGCGCAGGUCGCCAUCUGCGACGAGCUGUGCUCCAAGACCAACGGCGGCGACAGCUCGAGCUACACCAUCGCGCUCGACGAGGACCACUUCCGCAGCCUGCUGCUCGAGGUCACCACGCCGCCCGUCACGCGCACCCAGGAGCAGAGCAACGCCAGCCUGCUCAUGAUGGGGUUUCCGUCGCGGACCCUGGCCGCGGGAGACAGCAUACACUACUGCGCGUGCCACAACCGGCCCACGCGCGAGGGGUACAAGUGCACGCGCUGCGGGAGUAGGGUGUGUCGCCUGCCCGCGGAAUGUCCCGGGUGUGGACUUACGCUCAUCCUGUCGACGCAUCUCGCGCGUUCGUAUCAUCAUCUUUUCCCCCUGCGCAACUGGGUCGAGGUCCCGUGGGCUGAGGCUAGGCGCUCGAGGGCGUGCUACUCGUGCCUCACCGCGUUCCCCGAGGCGCCGCGCGCCGAGCCGAGUCAAGGCAAAGGCAAGACGCCGGAGAAGGGGAAGGGUCCGGCGGCUAAGGGCGGUGGUGCUGGGCCCGGAGCCGGAGGCGUGGUGCAGACGCAGCCCCCGAAGGGACUCAGCGAGUCUGGGCGUUACGCUUGCGAGGUCUGCGGUAACCAUUUCUGUAUCGAUUGCGAUUUAUUCGCUCAUGAGGUCUUGCAUAAUUGUCCCGGAUGCCAGAGCGAUACGAGGGGUUUGGGCGGUGGGGGUGCGCAGAAGCAGAAACAGAAGCAGAAGCAGAACGGGAAUGCGGUUGGGACGAGUAAUGGUGAUGCGAAUGGGGCUAUGGAGAUAGACUCCUGAGACGGCUGAGGGGGAUUGCUUGAAGCGAAUAGGUAGGUAGACCCUCGCCGAUAGUCUGCAUUCUAGC